ACAGCGAUUUUUGUGCCGUAGCCUCCAUAACUACAAGCACACUACUUUCUUUCUCUAGGAAGCAUCCAUUUUUCUCCCCUUCUUAAAAACAUUUCAUAGAAAUUUCGAUGAUUCUAAUGUAAACAGGAUCAAGGAUUCAACACAAUAUCUAAGGCUUUUGAUCAUUAAUUUGUCUUCCUUUUUGCUAUCGAUACACUUCAUCUUUAAACCCAUAAGCCCCUUUAAAAGUAACCCUUUGAGUCCCAACUUUUAACGUUGUUGUUGGAUCUUUUUGUCAGAAUUUUGUUUAUUAGAGCGUGGCUUUGAUUCUUUCUGUGUUUGAAGCUUCUCUUUGACGGUUUGCCAUCUUUUAAUCUGAAUCACUCACUCGUGUGUUGUCCCAAAGCAAUCUUCCUUUGUUUUCACGUUCAUCUCUUCAAUCGAUACUCACUUUUUUCUGUUCAUGUUUGUUGAAGGAAGUGUUCUGAAAACAAUUGAGUGAAGAUUUGAAAUUCAUAGCUAUGGACCAAAGUAUGUUAUGGCCGGUGAAGUACACCGAGCACCCAAAAAUCAUUCAAAAAGUUGUUAGACCCUCAAACCAAAAGCCCAGAAAAUCCUCAUUAUCCCAACAAAAACAAAGUUUCAAUUUUCCCAGAACUGUUCGGAUUUCUGUAACUGAUCCCUACGCAACUGAUUCAUCGAGUGACGAUGAGGACCAGCUUUUUAGGAGGCAACGAGUGAAGAAGUACACCAACGAAAUCAGAAUCGAAACAGUUGCCAAAACCACUGUCAAUGCCGUUAAUGGAAACGAAAGGUGUAAGAAGAGAAAUGAAGGGGUUCUACAGGCCAAGCCGAAGCCGAUGAAGGUGAAGGAGGUGGCGCAGCCCGCGGCGAAUGGUGGAGUUCGGAAAUUCAGGGGUGUUCGGCAGAGGCCUUGGGGUAAAUGGGCGGCAGAGAUCAGAGACCCCAGCCGUAGAGUCAGGCUCUGGUUGGGUACUUACGACACCGCGGAAGAGGCUGCUAUGGUUUAUGACAACGCUGCUAUAAAACUCCGCGGGCCGGAUGCUUUAACUAACUUCGUAACGCCUCCGACCAAGGAUAUGCCGGAGACGAUCGAUACUUCAGUUUCCGGCUACGAGUCCGGCGAUGAGUCUCGAAAUCUUUUAUCUCCGACGUCUGUUCUCCGGUACAGGACCAGCCAGUCGAGUGAAAAUGACACCGAUCAACAAUCAGCGUCCGAACCGUGUCAGGAAGUGGGCAAAGAUGCUGAACCGAGUGCCCCUGUCGGCAUACCGGACCGGAACCAAACGGUUAAUGAAACUGAUUCAAGUCACGGUCCGGUUCAGGUGGUUCAAGAGUGUGAAGGGGAGACAGGUAUGGUACCCGACUAUACUAAUGACUAUUUAUCAAUGGACAUUCCGUUCCUAGACGACUUCUUUAAUUUCCAACCUCAAGAAAAUACAUUAUUCGACGAUGCUCAAAUUUUGGCCGAGGAUUUCAACAUGGCAUUUGAUGACAUUCCAGCAUUCAUGGACAUUUCACAAGGAUCAGACUUUGGGGAUUUUAGUUUUAAUAGUUCAUUUCAAGAUCUCAAUUCAAUAGAAGUUGAUGACUAUUUCGUUGACAUGGCCGACUUUGCUAGUGCAGACACACUUCUAGCAAUAUGACAUAACAAAAAUCCAGAGCUAAACAUCGCCGGUUUGUCAAUCUUGAUGGCAAAUUUUGUCCACUGGCUUGAUUUGUAUUUCCCAUUAAAUAUUUUUAGUAUAUUCAGCGUCUCGUAUCUCCAUUCCAUAAUAGUAAAUGGAAUUUUAGCAAAGUUCUUUAUUUAGUUUAUAUAUAGCCUUUCUGGUAAUAAAAUAAAUUUGUAUUUUCGAGAUAAUGUUUAUUUAAUUUGUUUAGUAUUUUUAAAUUUUAGAUGGAUGUUGUAGAUGCAAAGUGGCAUUCUUUUUGUCCCACAAGAGUAGGAGCAAUUUGCGGUUGUCGUGUUGACUGAGUCGAUGACUCGAAGUUCGU